AAGAAGGCCUCUCUCUCUCUCAACCAUAUCUCAUAAAUGCUCUCUCUCUCUCUCUGCGUGCUAUAUAGUGUUAGUAAACUAGUCAAGUGAGAUAUAGCAAUUGUAUACUGAUCACGCGAUCAUUAGCAAGAUACUAGAACAACGUAUCAAAGAUAUGGGGAAAGUGUCUUUUGGGUUUUUGGCUUUGAUGCUUGUAGUGGUGGCGAUCGGGGUUGUAGAGUGUAGGAGAUUUGAGAAGGAGACGUUAGGAGGCGGUGGCGGUGGACUUGGUGGUGGUUUUGGCGGCGGCAAAGGUUUUGGAGGAGGCAUUGGUGGCGGUGGAGGUGCCGGUGCUGGGGGAGGUUUUGGAGGUGGUGUAGGAGGAGGCCACGGUGGCGGUCUAGGAGGUGGUGUAGGAGGAGGCCACGGUGGCGGUCUAGGAGGUGGCAUUGGUGGAGGCCACGGUGGAGGUAUUGGUGGUGGCGCUGGAGGUGGUGCUGGUGGAGGACUUGGAGGAGGCCAUGGUGGAGGAAUUGGUGGUGGUGUCGGAGGAGGACACGGUGGUGGUAUAGGAGGUGGUGCAGGAGGCGGUGCUGGUGGAGGACUAGGAGGAGGCCAUGGUGGAGGUAUUGGCGGUGGUGUUGGAGGAGGACACGGUGGUGGUCUAGGAGGUGGUGCUGGUGGAGGACUAGGAGGAGGCCAUGGUGGAGGUAUUGGCGGUGGUGUUGGAGGAGGACACGGUGGAGGUAUUGGCGGUGGUGCAGGUGGAGGGGCCGGAGGAGGAUUUGGUGGUGGUGCAGGCGGAGGAUUCGGAGGAGGGGCUGGUGGAGGAGCUGGCGGAGGAUUCGGUGGUGGUACAGGCGGGGGAUUUGGUGGAGGAUCAGGCGGAGGAUUUGGUGGAGGAUCAGGCGGAGGAUUUGGUGGUGGUGCCGGUGGAGGAGCUGGCGGAGGAUUCGGUGGUGGUGCAGGCGGGGGUCACGGUGGUGGUGCAGGCGGGGGAUUUGGUGGAGGAUCAGGCGGAGGGUUUGGUGGCGGUACCGGUGGAGGAGGUGGAGGAGGAUUCGGAGGUGGUGGUGGUGCCGGUGGUGGAUUUGGCGGUGGAUUUUAAAUUUCUUGGUACUUAAAAUAUUCAUACAAAAUCUAUUCUUGGCUUUGAACUAAGCUUGGGAUAGUUACUUAUGUACCAAGUCAUACGAGAAGAAAGUAUAUCAUUUAUCUUUUGUGAUUUAUUUUGUAACAAUAAUCAUAUCUAAAAAAUGUAAAACCUUUUUCGAAUAUUUACAAAUCAUUUUCGUUGGUUUGUUAGUUAA